UCGAGAAACACUACAACGGCCUUCAAUGGGAUGAUAAACCGCCUGAACAACUCCAACGGCUGUAACCUGGCCUCCAUCUCUGGCGUGGCAGCAGAGGUGUUCAGCGACGGCGAGGUGAACUGGGGCCGCGUGGUCAGCCUGGUCGCCUUCGGAGCGGUGCUGGCUGCCCACCUGAAGAAGCAGAGAUCGGAGGACUGCGUGGAGGAGGUGGCAACGCAGAUCACGCAGUACCUUACCAAGGAGACGAGGGAGUGGCUGGAGACACACGGUGGCUGGGACGGCUUCACUAAGUUCUUCCAGGAGAACAACAGCGAAGAGUGCACGAAAAAAGCGCUGAUGUGGAUCGCAGGAGUCGGUCUCGCCGGAGCAAGCAUCAUGCAUCUCCUCAGGUGAAUCCCAUCUGGUCGCCUUCUCCACCACCAACUUCCCCGUCCCCUCCCCAGGGAGCCACCGCUCGGGGCUCUGCACCCCCCUCGCGCCGCUACCCUCCCGGUUCCCUCCCCGAGGCGGGGAGGGGAGCGUGAGGAUGCGCGGAACGGGGGGUCAGAAGUGGUCGAGCGGUGCAGAAGAGGGAGGGAAUGCACUCGUGUGAGGAUUACUCCAUCUUCUCUCCCCCCCCCUCCCCCCCUCCUCCUACACCAUCACACGCAGAACAUGGAAGGUCGGAAGCUGUGCUCAGUUUGCCGAUGAUUGCCGAGAUUGAACCUGCUGGGAGUCGGUGAGGGGGGGUUGAAGAGUGCCCUUGCCUCUUCCAUUUUGGUGCGCACUGUUUGUGGAACCUGCAAGGCUUUUACCUUCGUUUUAAAAAGAAAAGACUCAAAAGACUUUUAUCUGAGCAGUGUUGGGACACUUUUGGGACUCCCGCGGCGAAGCAUUACUGCAUCAGACCGGCAUCUUGCCGGCAAGCCCACUGGUUUAUCGACGAAAAGCGGAACGACAUCCACUUCAGCUCUGUAUCGGCGCGUCUCUGUGUUUAUUUUCCUUCUUUCUUCCUCUGUCUCUCUCUCCCCCUCUCCCUCUCUCCCUCCCAAAGAGCGCGGGAUUACCGGCCUUGGGUGAUCAGCGGGUGGGGGGAGGGGGGGGGUUGAUCCUCGCAGGACAUUUGCCAUCCCCCCAACAUCUGGGCCACCUGCAGUCCUCUGAACGGCAGCAUUAUCUGACUCUAAUGAAUUUAAUAAAUUCUCCGUAUGUAUAAAUAUAAAUAUAUAUAUAUAUAUAUAUAUACACACGCACAUACACAUUUUUGGUUGAUUAGUGGAUGUGAUGUGUGAAAUCCGGAUGGGGAGAUUGGGCCUGGGGGGAGGGGGGGGGAUGCAAAGGAGAUCGACUGUGGUGAACGGGGGUAGCAGAAGCCAGCGUUCUUUCCCCCCCCCCCCCCCCCCCCCCCCCCCCCCCCCCUGUCCGUCCGUCCCUCACCCCUUGAAGAGGGAGGGCCGAGCCUCCCCUGGUCGUGGCCCGAGUGUCAUCACGUCAAGCCCCCCCCCCCCCCCCCCCGCUCUUCAUUUAUAAUUACUUAGUGCAAAUCCUAUAACCGCAGCACCCCCUUCCCCUCCCCCUCCUUUGAUGUUAUUAAUCAUUUUUUUGGAUCACAUUCCUGAUUUUAAUCGUUCCCCGAUCCCAUCACUGCACCCUCCCCCACCUACAGAGGCACCUGAGUCCUGCCUCUGACAUUUUAGGCUCUUCCUUUCGCCCCCUCUCUCAAGCCCCGUUCAUGGCAAGAGUUGAGUUUUCUACAUGGAAAGGAGGGGUGGGGGGGGGGGUGGUG